GGCCAGGUCCCGGUUGCGCUCAUCGACCUCGCCAAACCAGCUCCGUUCAGCAAUUGCAACCUUGGUCCCGUGGUUCUCAACACCCGACCGACUACGUCCUCUCGAAACGGCCGACCGUCCAGUCUCGGCUUUCAUUCCUCCCAGCCUACACACACCGCGACCUCUAAUCCCCGCGAUAUCUCAUCUUCUUCUGCGAACCGAGCCUCCGCAGCCGACCCGUCAACACAACCGCUCUCACUUUUCAAGCGUCGGGGCUCUUCCGCUCUUUCCUCUUAUCUAUCCCCGACACGGCCAUGGCGACUCGAGGACCCCCCGGCGCUCGCGGCAUGAGCAACCGCUUUGCCCAGUUCAAGCUGGUGUUGCUAGGUGAAUCGGCCGUCGGGAAGAGCUCGAUCGUGCUGCGGUUCGUCAAGGAUCAAUUCGACUCGUACAGGGAAUCCACUAUCGGCGCCGCCUUCCUCACGCAAACCAUCUCGCUGGAUGAGAACACGACGGUCAAGUUCGAGAUCUGGGAUACGGCGGGCCAGGAACGGUACAAGUCGCUGGCCCCGAUGUACUACAGGAAUGCCAACUGCGCAGUCGUCGUUUACGACAUCACCCAGGCGACAUCCCUCGACAAGGCCAAAUCGUGGGUUAAAGAGCUCCAGCGGCAGGCCAACGAGAACAUCAUCAUCGCCCUCGCCGGGAACAAGCUGGACCUGGUGACGGAGCAGCCCGACAAGCGGGCGAUCGAGACGGCCGACGCCGAGGCGUAUGCAAGGGAGGCUGGCCUUCUGUUCUUUGAGACGUCGGCAAAGACGGCCGAGAAUGUGCAGGAGUUGUUCACCGCCAUCGCCAAGAAGUUGCCGCUCGACCAGGUCGGGCCCAGGCAUGCCCGGCCAGGCCAGCGACCCGGUGUCAGCCUAGCGCCCGAGGGGGCAAACACGCAGGUUGGCGGGCCGUGCGCUUGCUGACGGAAUGAAUGCGUGGAAGAGGGGAAGGGAGAGAGAGAGAGAGAGAACAGAAGAGAGCAUGGCGG